AUGAGUUGGCGAGGAAGAUCAACAUAUAGGCCUAGGCCAAGAAGUUUACAGCCUCCUGAGCUGACUGGGACUAUGCUUGAGCCCAGUGUUGAAGAGCCUGAAGAAGAGAAACCACCCACUGAAAGUCGGGAUCCUACACCUGAUCAGAAGAGAGAAGAUGAUCAGGGUGUAGCUGAGAUUCAAGUGCCUGACCUGGAAGCUGAUCUCCAGGAGCUGUGUCAGUCAAAGACUGGGGGUGAAUGUGGAGACGGUCCUGAUGUCAAGGGGAAGAUUCUACCCAAAGUAGAGCACUUUAAAAUGCCAGAAGCAGGUAGUUCAGACCCCAAAUGCCUGACUGCAAGACUUAAACACUACCAGAUACAGACACAAAUUGGGUAA